CACAUUUUAGGCAAAAAGAAACUGUAAGUCUGAAACAUUCUGUCAUAGCCUCCCGUUCAGUACAUUCAGUGCUUUGAUUUUGGUCCUGUUAUCAUCUUUAAACAUGGCAAUUAACACGUUUUUAAACCUGAACGCUAAUAAUUACGAACGUAAUAGAUAGAAUGAAAUAUAAAUAAAUUAUAUAAUUAAGAUAGAAACCGUUCCUAUCAGUUGGUGAUAUUUGCAAGAUUACAUUUUUUUAGACUUUAAAAUUAACUUUUCGUUUAACAUCGAAAGUACAAGUUAGUUAAAAUCAAAAUAAUCUUUGUAAGCGUUAUUGAAGCAGAGUGUCUAAGUUUUAUUAGUGUCAUGUUCAAGGAAUGUAUAAGUUUAAGCAGCUAAGUUUCAGAGAUAGUAAAAUUACCGUGUUGAGAGUUAACGGUGUUAAUAAAACAAUAUAGUUAAGCUUCACAUAUUUGAUACUGCCUCAUUCUCUGUUUACAGAAUAUAUUUCUACACUAGUAAAAUGAAUGUUUCAUUAAAUUGCAAUGAUCAAGGUUUUGGAUUCUGGCUAGUUGGCGGUUCCGAGGACGGUACUCAGGUCACGGUUGGCUUCAUAGAGCCUGGAGGUUCGGCUGCACUAGAUGGUCGGUUGCAAACAGGCGAUGAGAUUAUAUUUUGCAACAAUGAAUGCGUAAUUAACGCUUCACACAAGCAAGUGGCUCACAUAAUAAGAUGUGCGGGGCGCAGGUCCGGUCAUGUUUCCUUGACUGUGAGGAGAAGAAACAGUUUUUAUAAAGGCUGUCAUUCGGAUUAUUUAACUUUAACCAGGAGAAACAAAGAAAGCAAAGAGGGUACACAGUCAGCGAAACAACAACAGCAGCAGAUUACUGAACCAGAUGCAGCUGCAAAAGAUGAUAUGGUUCUACCACAUAUGAAUGAAAAGUCAAAUUUUAAACCAGUGAAUCUAUUCAACAUAUAAUGGAGAUAUUGAUAGAAGUGUUCUCUAAAGUAAUAUUUUCCGGUUUCGAAUGAAUAAGCAACCCUUGCAAAUUAUCGAAUUUGUUAAUUAAUUACUUAACUUGACUGGAACUGUGUGUUUUUGUGAAACAUUUCUGACAUGGCUUUAUUUAAAUCACUUCUAGUGGUGUUCCGAAAGAAUAUCAUGAGAUCAUGGGAAACAUGUUAUGACAUCUUAUUGAAAUACAUGUAUAUAACAUAUCUGAUACAAUAAAAAGGCAAAAUGAAAUGUAUCGUAUGUACCCUCUUUGCCAUCGUUACUUUAAACAAGUUAAAAAGUCCCAUACAGUAAAUGAAAAAAAAACAAAAACGGAAUCAUACCAUAAGUCUUACAUCUUAUUUUAUAUUGCACUUUACACAUGCAUGUAUGUUGGAAAUUCGCUUUUAUCAAUUUUUUUUUUAUUCAUAAUUAAGUUCAUUCAUAUUAUACAAUACUAAAGAAAGGAUAUGA